GGGCCCUGCUCGUUUUCUACUCCAUCUUCUACGUCGUCCUCGCCGCCUUCUUCGCCAUCUGCAUGAAGGGCAUGCUGAACACCAUCGACGAGAAGGUGCCGUACUUCACACAGGGAUCCUCGCUCAUUGGCUCAAGUCCAGGUCUUGGCUUUAGACCCAUUUCACCCGACGUAGAAAAGGAGGGGUCCCUCAUCUGGUACCAGGCCAAGAACGCCAGCAACGUCAAGACAUGGACGGACCGCAUUACAACGUUCCUGGAACCUUACAAAAAGGCCAACAGCGGUGGGGCAACCAACCAGCCCUGCGACUACUCGAACCCCCCCAGCGCGAACAAAGUCUGCACCAUGCCGAUGGACCAAUGGCAGAUGUGCCAGGAGAGGAACGGCUACGGUUACAACCGCUCUGCACCCUGCGUCUUCGUUAAGCUGAACAAGAUUUAUGGGUGGGUGCCGGAGUACUACAAUGACACUAAUGACCUACCUAAAGAGAUGCCUGAGAGCCUCAAGACAUUCAUCUCGACUCGUGCUGCAAGGGAGAGGAACACCGUGUGGGUCUCUUGCGAGGGCGAGAACUCAGCCGACAAGGAGAACAUCGGCAAGAUCCGCAUGUACCCGACCAUGGGCAUCCCCGGCUACUACUUCCCCUACUUGAACCAAGAAGGCUACCUCAGCCCAGUCGUCGCCAUCUGGAUGGAGCGACCCACCCCCAACGUGCUCAUCAACGUGGAGUGUCGUGCCUGGGCCAAGAACAUCAACUACCGUCGCCACAACACGCUCCGCGAGGGCUCCGUGCACUUCGAGCUGAUGAUCGACUAGACGGCCACACGGACGCAACCAUUCCUUUCUGAUGCUGCUGCUGUUUCUGACGGCAUUUUUAAAAAUUAUUCUCUUGAAAAUAUUUUUGUGAGGCACUUGUUGUAGGGGGGGCAACGGUAAACGGAUUCGAAUCGGUCGCCGAGGAUUGUGAAAUCAAUCAACAAGUAAGAAAUUAAUCGUGUUGCUUUUACUAGACACUUUAACGUGUCUCUUUUGGCAUCUUUUAACAAAAUCGUAAGGGGUAUCCGUAUAGAGGGAAAUUUGUCUGACGUGAUAGUAAUUUAAUAGCUUUCUCUGUCCCUGCAGUGGAAAUGUUGUAAAAUAAGUAGCAUUACAUUAGAUUAAGAUACCAACGCAUUUUACCAGUAAGUAGAAAGUAGUUUUUUAAGUUGUGUGUUCUGUGGAACUUUUUUCUUUGCAAGGUCUUGCUGACAAUGUUGAAUUAGAUCAUUGUUACUAUUGGAUUGUGUUAACUUAAUUGAUGAAGGGACCUAAUAUGUUAAACAAGUACUUUUAAAAUUCAAUGUUGUACUUAAUGAGAUCUGAAGGUGUUCAUACAUGUUAUGUUCCAUUGAUAAGGAACAAAAAAUUAUUAUUUUUUGAUCAGACUUAUGUUUAAUCAAUUUUUGUUCUUGCCUUUCAAAUUUUUAUCAUUUAAUUGAUUACUGCUUUUCAAAUUGCUUUUAAAUGUACAUUGAAUAUUAGAUGUUAUGGUAAUUUCAGUAAUUAGUUCUCAUGUUAAGCAGGCUGAUUUAGUUUGUUUUCAUCGCUGUGCGAUGCAAUGUAAUAUGAGCCCUUGCCAUCUUAUCCGUGGCAUAGAAUACAUUGUAAAAUGUUAAAACAUUGUUAUGCAUCUCAUUGAUGUAUUUUGUUAUUGAAGAAUAUUCAUCCCAUUUUUAUGUGCUGUUCAUUUUCACUUUGACAAUCAUACUUGUCUAGAAGAUAAACUGCAAUUUUGUUUGCCACUAAGAUUUCAAAAAGUCAUAUUCAAGUUAAAGGCAAUUUUAUUUUAUUUCAAAAAACCAGUUUUACUUUAUGCAUCAGUGUAGACCGUCCGUGAUAUAAAAGUCAUAUGUUGUACGCCAUAAUUUUAAGGAAUUUAGUCUAGUCUCAGCUUUGAAUCAGAUAAUAUCUACAGUAAUGGAUUAGAAGUGUGUCGUUUAGUUGACAAAAAGAGUAUUAUGCAAUACACAAACAAUCAAUCAUGUGCAGAUGAAUAAUAAAUUUCCAAAUAAGACAAAA